UUGACUCCUCCUUCAACCACACCUCUCCGUUUCUCGCUCUCCCUACGCACAUUGAAUUCCUGCAAACAUGGGCUUCACCGAUCUCGUUUCCGACGCGGGCCUGACCCUCCUCAACCACUACGUCAAGACGCGCUCGUACAUUGUUGGUUACUCGCCAUCGCAGGCCGAUGUCAAGGUCUUCCAGCAGAUCAAGGAGGUCCCCGCCCCUGAGAAGUACCCCUACGCAUGGCGCUGGUACAACCACAUCCUCACCUUCCAGGGCGAGUUUGACUCGCUUCCUGGCGACCCAACCAAGGAGUUCACUGCCUACGGCCCCGAAUCGUCAGAGGUUACCCUGAACCCCGCCAAGGCUCCUGAGAAGGAGGCUGAGGAGGACGACGACGAGGUGGACCUGUUUGGCAGUGACGACGAGGAGGAGGAUGCCGAGGCUGCCAGGAUCAAGGAGGAGCGUCUGGCCGAGUACAACAAGAAGAAGGCCGGCAAGACCAAGCCUGCCGCCAAGUCGAUUGUCACCCUUGACGUCAAGCCAUGGGAUGACGAGACAAACAUGGACGAGCUCAAGGCGAACGUGCUCGCCAUUGAGAAGGAUGGCCUCGUCUGGGGUGCGUCCAAGUUGGUCGCUGUCGGUUUCGGUAUCAAGAAGCUUCAGAUCAACUUGGUCGUCGAGGACGAGAAGGUGUCGCUAGACGAGCUCCAGCAGCAGAUUGAGGAGGACGAGGACCACGUCCAGUCUACCGACGUUGUUGCCAUGCAGAAGCUGUAAAGGAGUUGCUGCCACGGGCGUUUUGAUGACCAUUUGACGAAGAGUAUUCAUGAUGAUGACGGAGGGUUUGGGCUCGGUUCACGGUUUGACGUCUUUAUGAGCAGUCGCUAGACGAGAGCCAAAAAUGACGACAUGGUAGAGAUACCAGCUCCCACUGCGGGACGACAAGAUGCGUUUUGCCACAUGCAAUGGUGACUCGACAUGGACGG